AUGGCCAUUGACUCGGAUUAUGAGAUUGAGAGAAUAAUAGGAGAAAAAGAAGAUAAUGGAAUUCCUUACUAUCUUUUAAAAUGGAAAGGUUAUGAUAAUAGUUACAACAUAUGGGAACCUUACUAUAAUCUCAAUUGUCCAGAGUUAUUAUUAGAAUAUAAAUGUGAACAAUGGAUUCUUGGAGAUGAUGAUAAAGAUGAAGAAGAAUACCAGAAAUUAUUAAAUCAUAAAUUACUUAAAAAUGCAUAUAAAGGACAUCCAAAAUCUAGAAAUGUUAUAGAAUUUGAAAAUUUCCUUAAACAAUUUGUUAGAGAUGGACCUCCAAUUCCUGUUAUUAAUACAAUUGAUCAAGCAGGAAUUCCUCCUGACUUUCAAUAUGUGGAUUAUUAUGUUUAUGGAAAAAAUGUUCCCCGUCCACCAGUUUAUGAUGAAACUUUAAUAGGAUGUGAUUGUAAAGAUGGGUUAUGCAAAGGAUUUAGAUGUCAAUGCUUAAAGACAUAUAAUAGUGGUUGCUUAUUUUAUAAAAGAUAUUCCAGUGCUUUAAAUUUGGAACCAGGACAAUCUGCAAUUUUCGAAUGUAAUUAUAAAUGUUCAUGUAAUUCAACUUGUCAAAAUAGGGUCACUCAAAGAGGAAGAAAAGUUAAAUUGGCCAUAAAGAGAUUUCCUGAAAAAGGUUGGGGAGUAAUUGCUUUAGAAAGAAUUGAGAAAGGUGCUUUUAUUACUUAUUAUUACGGAGAAUUAAUCACUUCAAUAGAAGCUGAAAUAAGAGGUAAAAAAUAUGAUGAAAUGGGAAAUACUUAUUUAUUUGAUAUUGAUUUCUUUGAUGAUUCAUCUGCGGACGAUUCAGCUGAUCAUUAUUAUACCGUGGAUGCUUGUAGAUUUGGAAAUAUCUCUCAUUUUUUAAAUCAUUCAUGUGAUCCCAAUUUAGUUGUAAUUCCUGUAAUGACUAAUACUUCAAAUUUGAAUCAACAUCAUAUUGCAUUUUUUGCAAAGAGAUCAAUUGAGAUUAAUGAAGAAUUGGCAUUUAAUUAUAUCGGAACAGCAAAUGAAUUUGAAGAGAUGGGAAGUUGUUUGUUUAUGCAAGAAAAAGCAAAAUAUGCGUGUAAAUGUAAUGCUGUUAAUUGUAGAAAAUAUUUUCAUUAA